UUCUCAGAAAUGAUCUCUCCAAAUUCGUUAUUCCCAUCUUCUUCGUCAAAUUCGCCAAGAAUACAACAAACCCCGAAACCCCGAACACACUAAUAUAGCAAAGAAUUGAAUUAGGGAAACAAGAUGCCUGUCCCAACACGAGUACAACCCGAGAAAAAUAUCUGGAUCGCAGCGGGAGAUGGAGAUCUUGAUCGUGUUCGGGAUCUCAUCGAGAAUGAAUCGAUGUCUCCUAACGUACCAGAUCUGAACACAUACACGCCAAUGCAUGCGGCUGCGUCUUAUGGACAUAUUCCCGUCCUAGAGUACUUGUUUUCCAAAGGUGGAGAUGUAAAUGUCACUGACAGCGAUGGCGAUACGCCGCUAUAUGUUGUUGAGAAUAUCGAGACGGCGAAGUGGCUCACUGACCACGGAGCUGUGAUUGACCGUCAAAAUCUUGAAGGGCAGACACCCGCAGCCUAUCUAUCGGAAGACUUUCCUGAAGUAGCUGCGUACCUGGAGUCACUGCACCCCACCACAACCGCUACUCCAGCGACUUAUCUUUCAGGAGAUGUCCCUCCAAUUGGUUCUCAACUACCAUCUCAACACGCACAAAACCAGGCGUCGGAGCAACUAACGAGUGAUCUUAUAGCCUCCGUUGGGGAUAUCAUGCAACGUGCUGAAGCUGAGGGACGGGAUUGCGACGAGGAGUUGAGGGAAGCUGUGGGUAGGACCGUCUUGGAGGGUGUAGUUGCGGGCUAUGGCAUGAGCAAUGAUAGCGGUGAUCAGGACAGGAGAACAGAUGAUGUGGGUAAUGGUUCGAAGAGGCCGAGAACAGAUGGUGGCGAAUAAUUGUUACACAGUCCUUUGUAACAUUUGUCUUUGGUGUCCGCGUUCAAUGUAUUCCGGCCGAGCCGUCCUGCAGUUUCAGUAGCGAAAGAUGUGAUUCAUUUCAUUUGCAAUUUGGAUUUUUGCCGCGAAUGUCAGUCGAUACUCGUUCUGAUCGUGAUCCCGUCUUUUAUGAUC